ACUUAUCUAGGAAGUCAGGAAGAGAGAGAAAGUGACGACAUCAUCAAGAAGACAAUCAUGAAUUUAUCCACAAUGUUCAUGGAUUCUUGCACAUUCAUGAGAAUUCGAUUUAUACUCUGAAUGUUACCGUAAGACUGCGUAAAAUUUUUUCCAUGAAAGCGUGUUAGUAUUAGGCAAGUUCCAUGAGAUCUAGGAGAAAAUGAAAGGAUGGCCGAUUGAUCGAUCCCUAUCACGUGGCUUCCAAGGAUCUUAACAAACAAUAUAUUAAUACACCGCUAAUCUGGUCUGGUGUUGCCGUGGCAUGCAUACCUCUCUCCGAAGUAUUGAUUGAACCAGUGAGAUAGUCCCUCACUGACGCAAUCUCAUAAGGAAGAAGGGGCUCAUGUUUCUGUUUAUUCGUCUUUGACGCCACUUUUGUUCCUCUCGCACGCCAUUUCAUCACGAAAAUCGAAUUAAUCGCACUGUUUUUUCUGUUUCUUGAUCUCUGCGUAUUUGUUUAUUUCGAAUCGGAUUUUUUUUCCGCCUCGUUCGAUUCUGGGUUUGAAGGGAACGGUUGUGUUUUAGAUUAUGAGGAAAAGGGAGCGGGAAAAUCCUUGUGGAGUAUGCGGCCACUAUCACAAAUACGAAGAAGGGGAGGUUUGUUCGAUUUGCGGCCACCGCAUUCCGGCUGCAUCGGAGAAGACUUCAAUCCGAGUCAGCGCCUUCCCUUCCGAGAUUUUACCAGAAUUCCUUUACUUGGGCAGCUAUGAUAACGCAUCACGUUCGGAGCUUCUCAAGACUCAGGGAAUCUCUCGAAUCCUCAAUACGGUUCCUUCUUGUCAAAAUCUCUAUAGAAACUCAUUUACCUAUCACUGUCUCCCAGAUGACAAAACUUUGCCUUUGCCAUUUGAUGAAGCGAUUCAGUUUCUAGAGCAAUGUGAGAAGGACAAGGCCCGGGUUCUGGUUCAUUGCAUGUCAGGGAAGAAUAGGUCCCCAGCUAUUGUGAUUGCUUACCUGAUGAAGUCCAAGGGAUGGAGACUCCCCCGGAGCUACCAGUGGGUGAAAGAGCGAAGAUCAUCUGUAGAAUUAACUGAAGGUGUUUACCAGCAACUGCAGGAGUAUGAACGCAAGAUGUAUGGAUCGGUUGACACUGGCAGCUCUCCUUUGUUUGGGUUCUCAGCUCCAGCAACUCCUCCCAUUAGCUUUGGCUACCCACAAAUUAAUGAUCCAGCUGCACCUCUUCCUGCCUUUAGCAUUCCUGGCGCUACCUCAAUCUUUGCCCAAGCUCCCUUAGACGUGCCCCCAGCUGACUUUACUUUUGGAGCUGGUCAGACUCAAAACAGUGUGAUUGGGAGCCCAUUUAAUGCCAAUCCACCAAAUCGAACUGGCAGUGACACCCAAAUGGAUGGUUCUUGAUUUAAGCUAGAAUGAUUCACAAUGACCGGUACCCCAACUUGAUGAGCUUUAUUACCUGCAACAUAGAAAGUGGUGAGGGUAAAAUGCUAUACAUUCUAGCUUCUAAGACUUGGGCAUUUGGCUGGUGCUAAAUUUAUAGACUAAGGUAAACUUUUUAAGUGUUUGUUAUCAAGUUUUUCAUUAAAAAUAUUGACAUGUAAAUGAAAUCUGUUGAAAGAUCCUGUUAUAGUAGUAUUGAGCUGUUAGAAACAUUCACUUGUCAUAUUUUUGUUGUACAACUUGAUAACGAUCACCUAAAAGUUUUACCCUAGUUUAGGAUGCCGGCCUGUAAGCUGUCUUGCACUCUUGCUUCAAAUCAAGAUGCGAAUGAUCACAAGUGACUGAUAGAUACUAUACAAGUUCAUUCUUCCUUGUUUACUUUCGAGUCAUUUCAUGGUUUCCUGGUCGUAGUAAUGAAUUACAGCUUAUUUACUGGCCUGAUGUGCCUCUUCGUCUGCAGAUCCGUACUUACAUUAUCCGGUUGUUAUUGGACGUUAGAAGCGGAAUUGUACAAGAUGAAAUAGGUUACAGUACUCUUUCUCUAUACAUGCUUGUCUAGUCGCAUUCUAGGGUUGUCGUGCUGUUCCUGACUUGCCAUUUGAAGUCCUGCUUAUGAUGCCUGAUUUGGACUUAGCUAGAUUAUGAAUCUUUGUUUUGCAUAGAAUCCAAUUUGGUUUGUUAUUUAUGAAUUAUGAAUAUGAAUAGUGCGAUGCCGUAUUUAUAUUGAUUGAGAUGCCAUAUUACUUGACUGAA